AUGGAUGUAAUAGAGUCGAUAAAAAAGGAUAAAGCCUAUUUAAAAAGUAAAUUAAUUGUAAAAAACUGGGAGAAGCAGUUCAAACAUGAGCAUAACCGAACUCCUUCUAAGUUUGAUAUAAAAGAAGCUCCAGCAAACAUUAAAUAUGCGUAUAAGAAGUAUUUUCAGUUGAAGAGUGCAGCAUUAGAAAAUUCACUCUCAAUUUGUGAUUUUGACGAUGAAUUGAUUUUACCUCUUGAGCCCCAAAAACUGGAAAGUCCUUCGGAAACGACGGAUUCCGAGGAUCCUCUUAUACCAUCUUUGCCGAGUGUUCAAGAACUUCAAAGAAUACUUAACCCUAAAACGGAGGAUGUUAGUAAAAGUCCAUUCACAGAAAAUUUAUCUAAGAAAUUAUUUUUAAAUCGAAAAUUCUCUAUAAGAAACCCAAGGAAAUCUAUUAGUAAUAAAAGUAUAGUUGAUGAAUCUAUUAAUAUUACUAAAGAAGUUGUAAAUGAAAAAAAGACUGAAGAUCUAAAAAAUACUCAGGAUUCCCAAAAUAGUAUUAAUAAUGCCACAGAAUUGAGAAAUAUAGAUUCUAUUGAAAUCAGCACAAAUACAACAUCUAAGGAAUUUGAAAGCCCAUUAUUAAAUUCUGCUUUGAUACCUUCAGAAAAUUCAAAAAAUUUAUCAAGGAAAAUUCCUGUGAGACAAAUCGACAAAGGUUGGUGUGAUCGUAUUACAGGUUUGUCAGAAACUGAACCUGUUUUAACAUCACAUUCAAUAGAUGUUAAUAAACCAGAAAAAUUUGGAUUGACCAAUUUAAGUUUGUCAAAUAUAGCAGAUAAACAAUAUGACUAUGUGGAAAAUAGUGAAUCGGACGAUGAUAUCGCUAUCAGUAAGCUUAAACCAGCUCUUAAAAAACAAAAAUUAGACCCCUCAACUAAAGCAAUUGCAAAUAACAAACAACAGGAUGAUACGGACAUAGAUAAUGAAGAAGUUGAAAUUAUUAAACAAAAGAAAAACCAGAAAAAUACCACAAAAAGGUCCAAAAAGGACAAAAUAACUAACAAACCUGAACAAGGCAAAGAACUUCCUCCAGAUAUCAAUGAAUAUGUGGCAUUCAGUCUAAAUGAGAAAGUAAACCCCAGACAUGCUAAUGUAUCAGAUAUUUUAAAAACUAUAACUCCUAAAACAGAAAAGUCUCCUCCCAAGAUCUCAAACGGAAUUGAUAAGUUAGAAUUAAAAGUACAGAAUGGAACACUAAAUGACAAUUUUGUGAAAAUCAAUAUAGAGAAAAAAGUGUUUGUUAGAGGGAAGAAGAGUAUUAACUAUUCCAAAUAUAAGAAACAGCUUUGGAAAGAUAAGAAGGCACUUCAUGCUGGCAUGGAGUUUCCUGAAUCAGGAAAAGUGACCUGUUUUAAAUGCAAUCAAACCGGCCAUAUGGCAAGAUAUUGUACUGCCCAUAGAGGGAGUUCCUUAUUACCUUUAGAAGACUGUGAUGAAAGUAGUAUGCCCACAUUAGAAGACAUGCAAAAAAUUGUUAGUAGUCAGGAGAAUCAAAAAACAGAACAAAUUGAGGAGCAAUUAAGUAAUUUUGUAUAUGAAGCAAGUCAGGUGCCAGAACAUUUCUUACAGCUCCUAGCUGAAACACCUGAAAACUCAGACAAGGUGAAACCAAUAUACACUGAAUGUAAUGAAAAUUUAAACGAGAUUUAUGAAGUACUUAAAAUGUUUGGACACUCCGGUUUUCGUUCUGGUCAGGAAUGUGCUAUUAAACGCAUACUCUGUGGUCUUUCAACAUUAUUAAUAUUAUCCACAGGGGGUGGAAAAUCCCUGGUUUACCAACUUCCAGCAUAUAUUUAUAGCAAAUAUUACAAAUGUAUCACUUUAGUUAUAUCCCCACUAGUUUCACUGAUGGAAGAUCAGGUAUUAAAUAUGCCAGAAUUUCUUAAAGCUGGUUGUUUGCACACCAAUCAAAGUCCUACUCAGAGAAAGAAGAUUAUGGAAUUGAUAAAAAAAGGUGAAAUUAACAUACUUCUGAUAUCACCAGAAGCACUUAUUGCAGGAGACACCUCAAGUGGUUUUGCAGGUUUAUUCAAGUCCCUACCACAAAUUGCAUUUGCAUGUAUCGAUGAAGCUCAUUGUGUAUCUCAAUGGAGCCAUAACUUUAGGCCCAGUUACUUAAUGAUUUGUAGGGUGUUAAGGGAAAAAUUAAAUGUGAAAUGUAUCUUAGGACUAACAGCUACAGCAAGUCAAGCAACAAUUAAAAGUGUAAUAAAUCAUAUUAAUGUUCCCGAUGGUCUUAAUGGUGUUUUAACGAAUCCCGCACUGCCUGAUAAUCUCUACCUAUCCAUAUCUUUUGAAAAGGAUAAAGACAAAGCACUCGUAUCUUUAUUAGCUUCUGAAGAAAUCAAUUCAUUUAGUUCUAUAAUUGUUUACUGUAUAAGAAGAAAUGAAUGUGAAAGAAUAGCUGCUGUGAUAAGAUCAUGUCUUUUCCAGCCUGGUAAGAUUAAUAUGGAAAAAGAAAACAAAAAACGUAAGAGAAUGUCCUAUAUCGCGGAAGCAUAUCAUGCUGGCAUGUCUGCUGCUCAAAGGAAGAAAAUACAAAAACAUUUCAUGGAUGGCACCUUAAAAAUCAUAGUUGCGACAGUGGCAUUUGGUAUGGGUAUAAACAAAUCAGAUAUUCGUUGUAUUAUACAUUACAAUAUGCCUCCGAGUUUUGAGUCUUACGUUCAAGAGGUUGGCAGAGCUGGGAGAGAUGGCAAACCAGCAUUUUGUCAUGUUUUCAUGAAUAACAAAAAUGACGAUAAAGACGAACUAUUGAAACAUAUUUACGCUAAUUCAAUUGAUAGACCUGUUAUAAGACGACUUUUGCAGAAAAUAUUUAUACCAUGUAAAUGCAUUUCUCCAGAAAAAACUGAAAAUUCAAAAGUAACCAAUGUAACGAGGUGUCAGGGUCACGAAGUAGGUAUACCGAUUGAUGAAACUGUAGAAGAAUUAGACUUACCUUCAGAAAACAUAUCAACACUUUUAUGUUAUGUGGAACUUCAUCAUAAACAUUAUAUAAAGGUUCUGCAUAAUGCUUACACAAAGUGCAAGAUUUCUUCAUAUGGUGGGCCCAUAAAAAUUUUAGAAGCCGCAAAAACCUGUCCACCCCUCGCUAUGGCAUAUCUAAUAGAAAGUAAGAAGGCUGCUAGUGUAACAAAAUUAAAUGUCCUAGAAUUUAAUGUCAUAGAGGUAGCAGCGGCUAUUGGGUGGGAAAGUGGUAUGACUAAGUAUCAGCUGAAAAAUCUCGAAUGGAUAGUAAAAGACGGAGUAUCGAAAAGGUCUCAUCUUAAAGUUGAAUUCCAUACUUUAGGCUUCAGAUUAAAAUCUCCUGGUGACCUAUCAGCCACAGAACUAGAUGAACUUCUAGAUGAUUUGCAUCAGAGUGUACAUGUACAGGAAAAAAAUAUGUUGUUUCAAUUAGAAGAGAUACAUCAGGCUUUUAACAAACUUUGCAAUAAGUCAUGCGGUCAAAUAACAUUCUCCGAAGAAAAUUUGGCGCCAAAAUCUAAUGAACUGAAAUUGAUAAUAAAUGAUUACUUCACAAGGGAAAAUAACAUGCCAGAAAAUAAACAAUUAGAAGAGAGACCAUUAGAUGUUGGGAGAAUCACAUCAGACGUCAGAGCUCUAAUAGCAACAUACAAGGACUGUAAUUUCACUGGCCGUAGUAUUGCUAGAAUUUUUCAAGGUAUAACUUCACCUAAUUAUCCAGCUCUGGUAUGGGGAAGGUGUAAGUUCUGGAGAUCACAUCUUCAUGAGGAUUUCAAUGGGAUUAUAAGGAUUGCUACACAACAAAUUAUCAAUAUGAAAAUUUAG